CCUCAGUAGAUAUGGGUUCAGGACCCUUCAUGGAGGAUGUGGACGUUGCCACUGCGGAGCCGGGUGACCAACCCCCAUGGGCCGUCGAGUUUUGUGCUGGUUUUACAGCUCUUUAAAACAUUACACAGGACCAGACAACAGGUUUUUAAAAAUGAUACCAGAGCAUUAGAAGCAGCCAGAAUAAAGAUAAAUGAAGAAUUCAAAAGUAACAAAAGGGAAACUUCUCCCAAGAAAAUAGAAGAGCUAAUAAAAAUAGGUUCUGAUGUUGAAUUGUUACUCAGAACAUCUGUUAUACAAGGUAUUCACACAGACCACAGUACACUGAAAUUGGUCCCUAGGAAAGAACUCCUUAUAGAAAAUGUGCCAUAUUGUGAUACACCAACUCAGAAAAAAUGAGUUUUCUAGGAUUAACUCAAGCUUUGUAGUUUUUGUCUUAAAUAUAUAACUCUGACAAAAGUUUUGGAAAUUGA